GGAUUUCCCUCGCGCCUCUGCUGCUGCCGCCCGAACAUGGCUGCGCGGGUGUGCAGCAUCUCUGCGAGCGCGCUCCGCCGUCUGCCCCUGCGGAGGGGCCCCGGCCCCGGCCACCGCGCCGGAGCUGCACCUGGGGCCGGGCCGAGGGCCUACUCAAAAGAUAGUGAAAGCAGCUGGUUCCGUUCCCUCUUUGUUCACAAAGUGGAUCCCCGGAAGGAUGCCCAUUCCACCCUCCUAUCAAAGAAGGAGACCAGCAAUCUGUACAAGAUUCAAUUUCACAAUGUGAAACCUGAGUGCCUGGAUACCUACAACAGCCUAACGGAAGCAGUGCUCCCCAAGCUUCAUCUGGACCCGGACUACCCUUGUGCACUGGUGGGGAACUGGAACACCUGGUAUGGGGAGCAGGACCAGGCCGUACAUUUGUGGCGAUUCUCAGGAGGUUACCCUGCCCUCAUGGACUGCAUGAACAAACUCAAAGGCAACAAGGAGUACCUGGAAUUCCGGAAGGAGAGGAGUAAGAUGCUGCUGUCCAGGAGAAACCAGCUGCUUUUGGAAUUCAGUUUCUGGAACGAGCCCCAGCCUCGGGAGGGCCCCAACAUCUACGAACUAAGGACUUACAAGCUGAAGCCAGGGACCAUGAUUGAGUGGGGAAACAACUGGGCUCGAGCCAUCAAGUACCGUCAGGAAAACCAAGAAGCCGUGGGGGGCUUCUUUUCCCAGAUUGGAGAGCUCUAUGUGGUCCACCAUCUCUGGGCCUAUAAAGAUCUGCAGUCCCGAGAGGAAACUCGAAAUGCAGCCUGGAGGAAGCGGGGCUGGGACGAGAAUGUAUAUUACACAGUCCCCCUGGUACGGAACAUGGAGUCUCGUAUCAUGAUUCCCCUGAAGAUCUCACCCCUCCAGUGAGCCUGCGGACUCCUUCCUCAUUCCCGGAAGGAGCUGUUAGCCAGAAGAGCCCCUCCCCAGACACUCUCCUUCCCCCCCAACAAGCUCCUCACCACCUCAUAUCCCCCUUCCCCUGCUCUCCCCACCCAAUCCUCCAAGAUUUUAUGCUUCCUUCCUUCUCCGGGGUCUGACAGACUCCUCAGGGAGGGAGGUCAGGCUGGGCUAGCUACAAUAGACUAAGACCUAUCUGCUUCUGACCCCACCCACCUUCUCCCCUUCCUGUUCUUUGGUUUCAGGCAGCUAGGUGACUCAGUGAAUGGAGGUUGGGGCUUGAAAUCAGGAAGACCAGAGCUUAAAUCAUGUUUAACUAGCUGGGUAUUUCCCUUCAUCUCUCUGGACCUCAGUUUCCUCAUCUGUAAAAUGGGGCUAAUAAUACCUACCUCACAGGGUUGUUGUGAGGAGCAAACAAGAUAACGUACGUAAAUGGCUUCGCAAACCUUAAAACUAGCUAUCAUUCCUCUCAGAUUCUCCUCGUUCUGCCAGUUCUCGGCUUCUGGUUUCCUUUUCCCAAGACCCCUCCUCUCUGGCUGCCCCGGUCCCCUUCCACGAAAACAUCCCAGAUGCAAUUGUAUUGACAUGUGAGGCGGCGUUGGUGUUUCGAGGCAAGGUCUGAGGCCAGCCUGUACCACUUCUUCCAGGCCUAGCUCAGCUUCUGGCUUCCCUGAUGCCCCUGAGCCACGUCCCUCUCUUUGCGUCUUAGCGCAGGCUCUUUAAGGGAUCCGGAGUCAGGGAGAGGGCUGACACAGGUCAAGACUGUUGGGAUGGGGGCUGUAAAAACAGCUCCCUGCCUGAGUCCGAGGGCCCGAUAUAAGCAGUCUUGUAUUUGUGCUGUUCCUGGCUUCAUGUUCCCUUCUCCAUGUCUCUGGGUAGGGGUUUUAGGUAUUAUUGCACCUGGCAGGUGCAGAGAUUUCUUUUUUCUUGAAUAGAGCGCUGGGCUGUGUUCUCCCUUCCCUACUGGCUCUGGAAUGGGGGCUUUGGCCAUCACCUUCACUCUCUCUCUCCUCCCUCCUGUAUUCCUUCUUAGUCUCCUUCCUUCCAUCAGUAUCUUUGCCACCAUGUGGGGAUCAUAGCAAUACCUGGGAGGAGCGGGGUUGGGUCUCUUCGGGUCCCUGUACCCUACACAUUACACCAGGACCCAUUCCCCUCUGGGCGGCCUGUACUGAAAGUCACUGACUGACCUAAUUAAAUAUUGAAUAGAAA